AUGUUAAGAGGAAUAUCGAGAAGAACAUGCUCCAGAGGCAGUUGGACAGCUCCAGUUCGCUGCUGGUCGAGGUGGUACAGCACUGGCGAGGGUGUGCCAGAGAGUGCUGUUCCGGUGAAUUUCAAGGACACACACUCGUUGAAGAAAACAGUCUUUGACUACAAGUCCAUACUAAGCAAUUUGGAGAACCAUAAAGAGAGUGUUAGAAGACGUAAAUUUGCUUUAGAACAUGACUUGGACCUGUUCCCCAUUGCUAUGAGCUUGUUGAAGAAGCUCAGAGAGCAGUUUCGUGAGCUUCUGGUUCAAAGAGCAGCACUACAAAAGAUAUCUAAAACCACUUUUCAAAAAAGAAAUGGCAACAGUAACCAAGAAAAUGAUAAUGGUGACAAACUUUCCACGGAAUCUCGAUCGAAUAAUCUGUUUGCCCAACUCAGAGAUAUAAAAUCUGAAUGUGCUGAGAUAGAGAGCCAAAUCAAGAACUUGGAAUUGGAAAUUUUUAAAAUAUCUAAUGAUUUACCUAAUUUAAUUGAUCCAUCAGUUGGUGAUGAACAAAUUGUUGAUAGUUAUAUUAACCUUCCAUCUGAAGAUGCAGAAUUUUUCUCAAGCCUGCCAACAACUCAACAACAAGAAGAAUAUCUAUCCUCAAAAUAUUCGUCAAGUAAUUUGGAUCAUAAAACUAUAGGUGAGAAUUUCAACAUUCUAGAUUUUAAAACUGCUGUUAAAAUAUCCGGUACCUCAUGGUAUUUCCUAAUUAACGACGGUGCAUUAUUAGAGCAAGCUCUCAUUCAAUAUGUCACUAAAGAAGCUAGAAAGUUGAAUUUUUCAUUUGUAAUACCUCCAUCUAUUGUUAGAAGUGAAAUAACAAAUGCUUGUGGUUUUAGGCCAAGAGACCAGAAUAAUGAGCAACAAAUCUACGAAUUGACUAAUGAUAAUUUAUGUUUGACUGGAACCGCUGAAAUUCCUUUAGCCAGUUUGAAUAUGAAUAAAAUACUCGAAAAGACUCAACUACCUAAAAAAUAUGUUGGAGUAAGCAGAAGUUAUAGAGCUGAAGCUGGUGCAAGGGGAAAAGAUCCCAAGGGUCUUUACAGAGUUCAUGAAUUCACCAAAGUUGAAUUAUUCAUCUAUUCUACUCAAGAAAAUUCAAAUACCGAAUUGGAGAACUUGAAGAAUUUUCAAAUUAAACUAAUUGAAAAAUUGGGAUUAUUUUCAAGAGUACUUAAUAUGCCCACUGAUGAUUUAGGUGCACCAGCUUAUAAAAAAUAUGAUAUUGAAGCAUGGAUGCCAGGUAGAUCUAAAUGGGGCGAAAUAACUUCAACUUCAAAUUGUACAGAUUAUCAAAGUAGAAGAUUCAAUAUAAAAUAUAACGAUAUUGAUAAAAAUGGUAAAAAGAUAUCCAAAUUUGCUCAUACACUAAAUGGUACUGCUGUAGCAAUACCUAGGGUCAUACUUGCUCUUAUUGAAAAUAAUUAUGAUAAAAAUAAUAAUUGUAUAUGGAUUCCUGAGCCAUUAAGAGAGUAUAUGGAUGGAAGAGAUAGGAUUACUCCAUUUGAGGAGUAA